AUGCCUGUCCAGCCCGAAGUUCUGCCUACGCCGGCUCGUCUCCCACCUGAUGACGCCCUUUAUGCCAUCGGAAGGCUUCUCACAACGAUACUGAUUGUCAUUGGCAUUAUUUUUGGGGUGAUUCCUAUAUUAUGUGGCACUGUCUUUCCUCCCUUUUCAAGCCUUUGGAAUAUUCUUAUUGCGGUUUCUCCAUACGCGUGGGCAUCUAUAGGCGUCGUUCUUAGUAUAGCAUUAUCGAUAUUAGGUGCCACUUGGGGAAUUCUAACGAGUGCGGCUUCUGUCAGCGGUGCUGCGAUUCGUUCCCCUGAAAUUCGGAGUAAGAACCUAAUCUCGAUCAUUUUCUGCGAGGCGGUUGCUAUUUAUGGGGUUAUUCUUUCAAUCAUUAUGAUGGGGAAAAUUCGUGCUAGCACCUCCACCGUAGACUCGACUGGGUCCUACUCUUACGAUUCGAGGGUUGGCGGCUACACCCUGUUCGCCGCGGGGCUUGCGGUCGGGGUGGGCAACCUGGCGUGUGGAGUUUCGGUCGGCAUAGUCGGCAGUAGUUGCGCCAUCGCUGAUGCACACAACAGCGCCUUAUUUGUGAAAAUUCUUAUUAUUGAAAUAUUUGCCUCUGCUCUCGGAAUUUUCGCAGUUAUCACAGGCAUUUUAAUGGCGCAGAAUGUGAACAUGUCUUGA